GGCUGCCUACCAAACACAAAAGUUCUGUCUGUAUGGUCCCCAGGGUUCCCUGGCUGUAUCGGAGGGUCCACCAGAAUCAUCACCAGAACCGGAUCACCUUCGCCCUGGCUGCCCAGGACGCCAGCCCGGCUGAGCUACUCUCCCUGCAGAUGCUGGCCCUGAGCAGUGCCUGGGUGGUGGGCUGCCACCCUCUGAGUGAGGCCCUGUUCCACCUGCUCAACACCUGGCUGGCCAUAGAGGACCACUGUGGCUACGACCUGCCCUGGGCCAUCCAUAGACUACUGCCCUGCUUCGGAGGGGCCCCCUUCCACCAGGCACACCACCACAUCUACAGGGGGAACUAUGCCCCCUACUUCAGGCACUGGGACUGGCUCUGUGGGACCUACCUGGGCGUAAGGGAGGAGGCUGGGAGUAAACAUGGAGGGAGGACAAUGAAGAGACAUUAAUUUGGCGUCAUGGAACCGCCCCUUCUUCCACAGAGUAUAAAACCCACUUCCUACAAAAUCUACAUUAAGUCAGAGAACGCCGGGACAGAGUCCUCACGUUGGAAUGGCUACAAUUCUAUAGAUCAUUAGACCAUACAGCUGUAGUUUUGGCUACACGAUUAGAAAUGGUUAAAAUCUGAGACUAUCAAUCACUACAGAAUAAGAGCAAAUCUUAGACAUAAGAUAAAUAUAUAUAUUGCAAUUAUUCUCAAAUGAGCGGCCGUUCAUGUGCAAAGGAUUAGAAUUUCAAUGAUUAUAAUUAUCCACUGUGUAUAGUGAAUCCAUUUUGUCUUUCCUGCUCUUUCUCAGUCCCCACACCUUUCCUUUGUCAUUUAGCCCACUACGGACUUUUCUAUCAUUGUUAGUAACCAAUAUCUACUGUUUGUUUGUUAUUUAUUUCUUUGAUUAUUUAGU